GCAGAUUAUUAAUGAUCAACGAGUAAAUGUCAUCCACGCCCUAUGAAUGAGAUGCCGAGUACCUCCAGGCUCAAGAUAUCUUAUCGUGCGCCUUCUUGUAACUCAAUCAGCUUGAUGCAAUAGAGGACGAGAUACGGCCAGUCUCCACUUAGAACAGCCAAGAGAUCGUUAUUACUUAACACUCUCCUCUCACAUCACCAAAUUUCUCUUCCCGCUCAUACAAAAUAUCUCAAAGUCAUCAUGUCUUCCAAUGGAGCUUCGCGUCUAGCAAACAGAAAACCCAUCAAGAAGCCCGUCCCAGCUUAUCUCCCCUCCCCAGGCUCCGUCCUCACCGUCGACAAGAGCCUGUACACCUCCAUCCGCGAAGCACCACGUGAACUCAUCGAAGAAUUCACUCUACCCAUCCGAUCUGGAAAGGCAUGGAAAGCUCCAGCGGGCUGUAUCGUCAAGAUCAGCACGCUUGAGGGGCCGCAGGUUGGUAAGGAUAUCUGGGGGUGAAGUGAGCAGAGGAUGAGUAAGAUACAUGGCCUUGAACUUACACAGAUAGGUGACUUGAAUAUCUGGAAUGCUCAUAACCCGCGUGAACGCUUCUGGGCAUCUCGCACAAAACAGCUUCACGCCUCACAUGUCUCAACGUAUGACCGUCUCUGGUCUAAUCUUCCCUACAUGCGACCUCUGGCCACCAUAAUUACCGACACUCUUGAUUGGUACGGCACAGAUGAGCAUGGAGGUCGAGUGCAUGAUCUUCUCGGCACGCGAUGUGAUCCGUACAUCAACACUGUUCUCAGCGGAGGACAGUAUAACUUCCAGUGUCACUCUAACCUGACCCGCGCGGUGUUGCCGUAUGGCUUGAAUGAGGGGGAUGUUCAUGAUGUUAUUAAUAUCUUUCAGGUCACGGGGUUGGAUGAUCAGGGGAGAUAUUUUAUGAAUCCUUGUCCGGCGGAGAAGGGGGAUUAUAUUGAGUUUUUGGCGGAGCAGGAUCUGCUCAUGGCUUUGAGUACUUGCCCUGGUGGUGAUUUGUCACUCUGGGGCUUUGGGGAGGAUAGUGAGGAGGAGAUGAUCAAGUGCUGUCGACCUCUCAAGGUUGAAGUCUAUCGUCUCAAGGAUGAAUCUCUGCUACAGAAGGGCGGAUGGAAACCAGCUGAGGUAUCAGGAUACAAGGGACGUCAUGGCUUAGAUGUUCCUCUUGGCGAGAACAGAGAAGAGAAGGCUUAGAUAACCAGAAAGCAACCCUAUCACAAUCUUGCCUUUAACUUUUAUAUACACCCAUCCCAGCCCUAC